AUGUCUGUGAUAGUGUCAAAUCCACGAGAUGACUCCGGUCACGACAUGACCCUCUACUGUAAGGGCUCUCCGGAGAUGAUACUGUCUCUCUGUGAUCCGGCUACGGUCCCCUCGGAUUAUACGAACCAAGUAGAUCUAUAUGCACAACAUGGCUAUCGCCUAAUCUCUAUCGCUAAAAAGAAACUUGAAAUGAAUUACGUUAAAGCCUCGAAGAUCUCUCGGAAUUUGGUGGAAGCUGAACUGACACUUCUUGGUCUUAUCGUUCUUGAGAACAGGGUAAAGCCUGUAACUUUGGGAGUGAUCAACCAGUUGAACAGAGCUCACAUCCGCACAGUUAUGGUCACAGGGGACAAUCUUCUGACGGCUCAGAGCGUGGCACGCGAAUGUGGCAUCAUAAGACCGAACAAGCUGGCUUUUCUUGUAGAGCAUCGUAACGAUAUUGUCGAUGUCAAGGGACGUCCGCUGCUCACCUUGAGGCAGGUAAGCGAAAAAUAUUGUUUAUUGCCAUCCAAUAAUAAUUUCUGA